AUGUUCCCGCAGGGACGGCACCCGCCCCCGCUCCAGCCCGGGCAGCCCUUCAAGUUCUCGGUGCUGGAGAUCUGCGACCGCAUCAAGGAGGAAUUUCAGUUCCUGCAGGCGCAGUACCACAGCCUGAAGCUGGAAUGCGAGAAGCUGGUGAGCGAGAAGACCGAGAUGCAGAGACAUUAUGUCAUGUACUACGAGAUGUCCUAUGGCCUGAACAUUGAAAUGCACAAGCAGGCAGAGAUUGUCAAGAGGCUGAGUGCCAUUUGUGCCCAGAUUAUUCCCUUCCUGACGCAGGAGCACCAGCAGCAGGUCCUGCAGGCAGUGGAACGGGCCAAGCAGGUGACCAUGGGGGAGCUCAACAGCAUCGUCGGGCAGCAGCAGCUUCAGCACCUCUCCCACCACGCAUCCCCCCUCCCGCUGACACCCCACCCCUCCAGCAUGCAGCCCUCUAGCCUGAGCGGGGCCAGCGGCACCUCGGGGCUCCUGGCCCUCUCGGGGGCACUGAUGGCACAGGCUCAGCUGGCCACCAAGGAGGACAAAGUGGCCCAGGAUGGGGAGAACAGAGGCUUGGCAUUAACAACCUCUUCCUGUCUUCCCCUCUGCUCUGACAUGGACCUGGGAUCCUCUCCCUUGGUUCCAGAACACACCCCAAGCCAGAGUGUUUCGUCCUCCCCUGCCGAGAGCCCGCAGGAUGAGGAGCGGACGGGGCUGAAGCGGAAGCGGGAGGAGAAGGAGCUGCCUGGGCAUUCUGACAGCGAUGGGGACAAGAGUGACUACAACCUGGUGGUGGAUGAGGACCCGCCCUCGGAGCCCGGUAGCCCUGGCCGCUCGCCCAGUCGCCGCCGGGAGCUGCCCCAGAGCCCCGCGUCCAUCGGCUCCAGCGGGAGCGCCACGCCCCUGCAGCCCAAGGAGCAGAGCCCGACUGACUCUGUGGCCAGUGCUCCCACCUCCAAACCCUCCUCUUCCUCACCACCCCGUGACUCCCUCACGCCUGGCCCCGGGCCCAGCUCGGCCGUCCCACUCCGGCCACCCCCGGCCAAGGCCCCCAGCACCGACACCGUCACUCUCCGCAGCCCCCUGAGCUCCUCCAGCCCCUACACGUCCUCCCUGGGGAUGCUGCCCCACGCCACCCUCAGCGGGGAGCUCCCAGCCCCUGGUCUCUACAUGGGCAUCCACCUCUCACCCCAGGUCAGCAGCGCGGUGCUCUACGGCCGCUCCCCCAUGGUGGCAUUUGAGUCGCACCCUCACCUGAGGGCUUCCACCCUCUCCUCUUCACUCUCCACCAUCCCUGGAGGGAAGCCUGCCUACUCCUUCCACGUCAGCGCUGACGGGCAGAUGCAGCCGGUGCCUUUCCCCCCCGACGCCCUCAUCGGCUCCGGCAUCCCCCGGCACGCGCGGCAGCUGCACACCCUGACCCACGGCGAGGUGGUGUGUGCUGUCACCAUCAGCAACUCCACACGACACGUCUACACCGGCGGCAAGGGCUGUGUCAAGGUGUGGGACGUGGGGCAGCCGGGCACCAAGACGGCCGUGGCUCAGCUGGACUGCCUGAACCGUGACAACUACAUCCGUUCCUGCAAGCUGCUCCCCGACGGCCGCAGCCUGAUCGUGGGGGGGGAGGCCAGCACCCUGUCCAUCUGGGACCUGGCAGCCCCCACGCCCCGCAUCAAGGCUGAGCUCACCUCCUCUGCCCCCGCCUGCUACGCCCUGGCCAUCAGCCCUGAUGCCAAAGUCUGCUUCUCCUGCUGCAGCGACGGCAACAUCGUGGUGUGGGACCUGCAGAACCAGACGAUGGUGAGGCAGUUUCAAGGCCACACGGACGGUGCCAGCUGCAUUGACAUCUCUAACUAUGGCACCAAGCUGUGGACAGGAGGGCUGGACAACACCGUGCGCUGCUGGGACCUGCGGGAGGGGCGGCAGCUGCAGCAGCACGACUUCAGCUCCCAGAUCUUCUCCUUGGGCUACUGCCCUAUGGGAGAGUGGCUGGCGGUGGGGAUGGAGAGCAGCAACGUGGAGAUCCUGCACGUCACCAAACCCGACAAGUACCAGCUGCACCUCCACGAGAGCUGUGUCCUCUCUCUCAAAUUCGCCUCCUGUGGGAAGUGGUUUGUGAGCACGGGGAAGGACAACCUGCUCAACGCCUGGAGAGCACCCUAUGGAGCCAGCAUCUUCCAGUCUAAGGAGUCCUCGUCAGUCCUGAGCUGUGACAUCUCUGUCAACGACAAAUUCAUCGUUACGGGCUCUGGCGACAAGAAGGCCACAGUGUACGAGGUGGUUUACUGACUCCUGUCACCCUCCCUGCUCCAUCAGGAAAGGGGACACACCUUGCCCAAAGCCAUCAAGGCUCCAGUGCUGCACCUGCCCUCCUACAGCUCUACUUUCCCUCCUCCUCCACUGCUUUCAGACACCAAACCAGCCCCAUUCUCCUGCCCCUGUUCCUGCAGAAGGAUGCUGGGUGUAGCCUGGCAUGGCCUGAGGCUGGGCAAGGGCUAAGCUGGACAUCCUGGGCCCUGUCUGUCCCUCAGGCCGGCUGCACAGGGAGCUGGACAAAGCCUGAGAGCGUGCGUCUCUCGAAUUACUGCUACUGAUUUAAUGGCACCCAUUUUCUGCUGCAGAAACAGCUGUAAAUUAUCAGUAAAGAAAUGUAUUUAACUAUGUUUUCAAUCCCUUACUAAUAAAAAGGAACAAAAGAAGGGCUGGGCUGGUUCUUGGCAUGGGUCCU